AACAUUUACUAUACAAAAGCAAACAUUUAGGAAGAGUCAGAAUUUGCGAUCCUGGAGAUUAUCCCAUAGAUGUUCAGCAAGCUUUGGAAAGAUCUAUAGAGUUUUAUGAAGGCUGCUAAUGGCUAGAGAGUUUAAUGACUAGACUGCAUUUAGUAACCUUGGUAAUGCUCAUGUUUCUCUUUGAGAAUUUCAAAUAGCUAUACAAUAUUACUAAUGAGAAAAUUUCAAGCAUAAAUUUUUUUCAGAGUUUUUCAGGAUCUGCUGCAUAUUUUAUUGGAACACUAUUUAACAUUAAAGUAUGUAAGAAUCAGCUAAUUGAGUGGAUGAUUUCAGAUAAUGCUGAUGUUGUCAGCAUAUUUGUUAUAAAUCUGAAUGGGUUAUUAUGAUUGAACAAUGAGGAAACCUUACUAAAUGUUUCAACAAUUAUUAACUCAUUGACUGCCUACCCUAACUAAACCCUCAGUUGAUGCAGCCGCACUCUGUUGCAAGUCACGCAAUAAGAUAGUUGAUGUAGCAGCACUUCCUUGUAACAACAGACUAUAAGAUAGUCAAUAUAGCAACACUCCGCGCUUGUUUUACUGUUAAAAUAAAAAAUAAAAACAAAAAACAUUCAGAAUGUUUUUAAAAACAUGUUUUACGAAUAUUAGAACAUCAAAGUAUGAAAAAGAUGUUGUUUGGUAUUGUUAACUUUUUAAAGAAUACUCACAAUCACAAUCAAAUCUUUGUUUUCACUGUUAUGGAGUUAAAAUCUUCAAGUUGCAUGGCUCAAGUGUUAUUGUGGAUGGAUAUUUUGCAAGUACUCAUUUGCAAUGUUUUACUCAAGUGAAGGUGCAAAAUAUUCUUUAAAUGAAGUAGUGUUUAAUGACACUCCAGAAUCAGAUACGUGCUCUAACUAGUGAAGGAAAAGGAUUAGCAGCUUAUUUGACAGGAACAACAAAUACUCUUGAUUAUUUUGCACCCUCACCUCCUCAAUUACAUGUUCAUGGUAAAACAGAGAUUUUUAUUGAGUGGGAUCCUCCUAAAAAUCUUCUUGGCAGAUUAAAUUAUUAUGAACUUAGAAUGGAUAACAUGGUAAUAUAUAGAGGAGUUGAUCGCUGUUUUACUGUGCAAGCUCUUCAGCCAACUAAAGUUUAUAACUUUACAGUUUCAGCUUGGAUGAGUGAGGGUAGAUGCGAAAGUUUACCCAGAACACCUCGAAUCAGCAAGCAAUAUGUAAUUAUAUCUGUAAGAAAUUCUUCCAGAUGUUAUUGGCCUUUGUGAAAAAUUACCAGAUGUAGUUCUGUCUAAAGAUGUUGUUGAUUUUCCAGAUGCAAAUAAAGGGGUCGUUGAUUUUCCAGAUAAUAUUGGACAGAUGUUGUAAGAGUAAAAAAAAAAACACAGAUGAUCUUGGACGAAAUUGCACAGAUGAUCUUGGACUAGUCCACAGAUGUUUUGGACAGAUGUAGUAAUCUUUUACCCAAAUUUCCAGAGUUCUUUCAGGAGAAAUAGAUGAAAGAGAGCUUAUGAUCAUGUCUGUCACCAAUAGCUCACCAGUGUAUUCUUUAAUCUUGUGUGAUUUUUAAUUUUAAUCUUGUGUGAGUUUUAAAUUUAAAUUGAUAUUUAUAAAAGACUUGUUUUCAUUCUUCUAUUUAGCAUACCAUUUUAUCAAUAUUGUAUUAAAACAAAUCUAUGUAUUUUUUUAAACCUAACUUACAAAUACUUGUAUUUGUAUUUGGAAAAUGCCAAUUACUUAUAUUUGUACUUAAUUUGGAAAUCUGAAAUUAAAGUAUUUGUAUUUGUGUUUGACCCCUGUGUAUGAUUAUUAAUUUGGUGUUUAAUUGCUGAUAUAUUGAUUCUGAUAUAAUGAAUGGUUGGUAAAAAGUUUUAUUAUUUUAAAUUUUGAAAUCUGCAAAGUCAUUGUCAAAUAAGUGUAAAAGUCGAUAUGGCGGCAUUUUCAUAACUCUAUUCAACUUCUACCUCUAAAAAGUUAUUUUUCGUUGUUGUUGUUGUUGUUGUUAUGCGUGUUAUGUCGUUGUGCGUCUUGUAUUAAUAAAAAAUAAUGCAUUGCAAUGCUAACUUUAUUGGUUUCUCUAUCUAGUUCUAACCAGAUUUAGAUUUUCUAUCUAUCGGUUAAAUUUCUUUAUCUACUCUUAACUCGGUUUAAAUUCUUGAUUUACUAUUAAGCCAGUUUUGAUUUUUUAUCUGCUUUUUGUUCGGUUUAAGUUUUUUAUCUACUUCUAAGUUUGUUCUGCUGGAGAUUCCUGGUAUCGAAGUGGUUUGAUGUGUUAUUUGAAUAUUCGAUAAUCAAAUUAUUUGAAUAAACAUUUUGUGAAAAGUUCAAUUAAAAUAUUAAAGAUAAUUUGAUAACAUUUUUUAAUUUAGGUGAUUU